UGGGAGCGACCCAGGAGUAGGAGGGCCAAGAUGGCGAAAGCGGUAGAGUCUUCGGGAGAGCUGGGGACAACGUCGCCCAGGCCCCUGUUUGCAGGCCUUUCCGAUAUAUCCAUUUCACAAGACAUCCCUGUGGAAGGAGAAAUCACCAUUCCUAUGAGAUCUCACAUUCGGGAAUUUGACAGCUCCACGUUAAAUGAGUCUGUUCAGAAUACUAUCAUGCGUGAUCUAAAAGCUGUUGGGAAAAAAUUCAUGCAUGUUUUGUACCCAAGAAAAAGUAAUACUCUUUUGAGAGAUUGGGAUUUAUGGGGCCCUUUGAUCCUUUGUGUGACACUUGCAUUAAUGCUUCAAAGAAGCUCUGUAGAUAGUGAGCAGGAUGGAGGGCCCCAGUUCGCAGAGGUCUUUGUCAUUAUCUGGUUUGGUGCAGUUACCAUCACUGUCAACUCAAAACUUCUUGGAGGAAACAUAUCUUUUUUCCAGAGCCUCUGUGUGCUGGGUUACUGUAUACUUCCCUUGACAGUGGCGAUGCUGGUUUGCCGGUUGGUGCUUUUGGCUGAGCAAGGACCAAUAAACUUCAUGGUCCGGCUUUUCGUGGUGAUCGUGAUGUUUGCUUGGUCUAUAGUAGCCUCUACAGCUUUUCUUGCUGAUAGCCAGCCUCCAAACCGCAAAGCCCUCGCCAUUUAUCCUGUUUUCUUGUUCUAUUUUGUCAUCAGUUGGAUGAUUCUCACCUUCACUCCUCAGUAAAUCAGGAAAUAGAAAUUAGAAGCCAGUGAAUUGAAAGCUCGUCUGAAAGAUACAAUUCACAGUGGAGCUUUGCCUCUGGCCCUCUUUUGUCUAAUUUUGGAGGUAUUUGGUACGUGAGGAGAUGAAAAGGGAGCCAUAAAGCACUGUCGCCACUUAUGUAAGGAACUGAUGUCCUUUUCCUCUUAAUGUCAUUUCUUGAAAAUACAUAGUAUACACAGUAUAGUGCUGCCUUAAGGCAUGAUAGGGUCACCAUGGUCCAUUUGAGUGACAACCAAUGGUUUGGGAAGCACAUGGAUACAUCCUGCAACUUGAGUGGAAUUAGUAACUCUAUUUUCAGUUUUGAGAAUACCAGUACAGGUGCAGCUCUUAAACAAUUGCCUUACAACUAUUAGAAGCACUGGGUGUUAUAUGGAAUCCAAUUUGAAAAUAAAAUAUUAAAAAAAUAAAAUAAAAAUAAAUAAUAUAAA